AAGUUGUGCCUUUUCUAAAAUGGAGGGAUCAAGCAGUUCGCAUUUAAAAGGAAACGUCGGGUCUCUAGAGAAUCGAGAAAUAACUGAAAAAGGUGAAUACGUACGACCUGAAUCUGGAUUUCGUAAUUGGAUAUCUGCUGAUGGAACAAGUGGCUUCAAGGCUGAAGCAGGUCGUUACCAUUUAUAUGUGUGCUAUGGAUGCCCUUGGGCACACCGUACAUUGAUUUUGAGAAAGCUGAAAGGAUUGGAAAAUGUGAUAGCAGUUGAUUUUGUGGAUUGGUUGCUGAAGAAGCCAGAGGGAUGGAGAUUUAGCAAGGAGAAAUCGGGAUGCACUCGUGAUACUGUGAAUAACUUUGAAUUCCUCAGUGAGGUGUAUAAAUUGUCAAAUCCCACAUACUCUGGUAAUUGGACUGUUCCUGUUUUGUUUGACAAAACCAAUAAGGUCAUCGUCAGCAAUGAGUCCAGUGAUAUCAUCCGCAUGCUCAAUACAGAAUUCAAUGAUUUUUGUGAAACAGAAAAUCAAGCAAACCUUGAUCUGUAUCCUAUAGAACUUCGAGAAAAGAUUGACGGUAUUAAUGAGUGGGUUUAUAGUGAUAUAAACAAUGGAGUCUACAGAUGUGGUUUUGCAAGCUCACAAGAAGCUUAUGAUAAAGCUGUCUUAAAACUGUUUGAGUCGUUGGAUAAGGUGGAGCACAUACUUGCAAAGAACAGAUACCUCACGGGUGCCAAAAUGACUGAAGCAGAUAUCCGACUCUUUGUGACACUAAUACGAUUUGAUGUUGUUUACCAUUGUCACUUCAAGUGCAACAAGAAGAGAAUACUGGAUUAUCCUAAUCUAUAUGGAUUUAUGAAAGAUAUCUAUCAGUCUGCUGGCAUUGCUUCCACGGUGAAUUUUGAUCACAUAAAGAAACUUUAUCAGGUCAGCCAAAGCACGAUUAAUCCUUACGGUAUUGUGGCAAUUGGUCCUGAUUUGGAUUUGAUGUCUUUCCAUGGUCGUGGUGAACUUUGACUUGCAAUGCUUUGCAAUACCGCAAUUUUGUAUUGUAAUUUUGAUAAUGAACUAGCCUUGUUCGAAAAUGUCCACAGAUUAACAGCUGUGUACUUUGCAGGUGUAUGGAAGCUGAAGUAUGAAGAGAAGGCCUUUGCUUGUCUGUAGCAUGCUCAAAAAGUACAAUGUCAUGUACAUAGUACAUAGUACAAUACUAAUAUCUUCAUGAUAAAGAA